AGGCACUCAAUUCUCCGAAAUGAGUGCUCCCAUGGAAGUUUCAAUGGAGAAUGCCCCUAGUGUAGAGUGUUCCGAGCAGAAUGGUGUACUUCCGGAGCCGCCUCCACCGCCGAAAUCGCCCCCCGCUGCCAUGAUCCAGGAGGAGAAGAUCCACGUUUCAGUUGAGGUUUGUUUGAAGCCGUCAAGUACUGCUCGCGUAGAUGACAUCCGGUUGGCUGUUGAAAGCAUGUUGGAAAGGAGGAGUAUGAGCUAUGUUGAUGGUCCUAUUCCAGUGCCACUGGAUGAUCCCUUCAUUGCAGACAAUGUGCAGAGAAUAUGCGUGUGUGACACAGAUGUGUGGCUGGAGGACGAUGGUAUUCUUUUAUUCUGGCAAGUUAAACCAAUUGUGCAUGUAUUUCAGCUUAACGAGGAAGGACCAUGUGAAGAAAUGAGUGGGAAUGGUCAGCUUUCUACAUUUAAUGAAUGGAUUCUUCCCGCCAAAGAAUAUGAAGGAAUGUGGGAAAGCCUAAUUUACGAAUCUGGUCUCAAGCAGAGGUUGUUGCGAUAUGCGGCAAGUGCUUUACUUUUCACUGAGAAGGGUGUUGACCCUUUCCUUGUAUCUUGGAACAGAAUUGUUCUUCUCCAUGGACCUCCAGGAACAGGCAAGACAUCUCUGUGUAAAGCAUUGGCACACAAACUCUCCAUUCGAUUUAACUCCAGAUAUCCACAGUGCCAAUUGAUAGAAGUUAAUGCACACUCCUUGUUUAGUAAAUGGUUUUCUGAAAGCGGCAAGUUGGUUGCUAAUAUGUUUUCUAAAAUUCAAGAAAUGGUCGAGGAUGAAAGCAAUCUUGUAUUUGUAUUGAUCGAUGAAGUUGAAAGCCUUGCUGCUGCCAGAAAAGCUGCAUUGUCUGGUUCUGAACCUUCAGAUUCGAUACGGGUAGUGAAUGCACUGUUAACACAGCUUGACAAGUUAAAAUCAUCACCAAAUGUCAUAAUUCUUACAACAUCCAAUAUCACCGCCGCUAUAGAUAUAGCUUUUGUGGAUCGAGCAGAUAUUAAAGCGUAUGUGGGACCUCCAACGCUUCAAGCACGCUAUGAAAUACUGAGGUCUUGCUUGCAAGAGCUACUAAGGGCUGGAAUAGUGUCACAUUCACCCAUGCCGGGUGGUGAACGGCUCUUUUUCCCGGUAUUUUCUAGUUUGAGAGACCACAUUGGCAAAUCACCGACUCCGGAGUCCCAAUCACAGUCCCAGCUCUGCAAACUUUUGCUUGACGCUGCAGAAGCAUGUGAGGGGUUGAGCGGAAGAUCACUCAGAAAGCUUCCCUUCUUAGCACAUGCAGCACAGAAGAAUCCCCACGUCUGCGAACCCGAAAAGUUUAUGUAUGCACUGAUAGAAACGGCCAAACGCCAGCGAUUAGAGGCAUCUGAUUGAGUUGUGGAUUGCAGCAGACCAGCAGGUAAGGAUUGUUGUAACAAAAGAUGCACAGAGAAGUUUUGGCAGGUACAUACACUUUCAUGGAUGUGCAUGAGUAAUUUACUUAUUACUCUUAUUAAAGUCUUAUUCUGACUUGACAUAUUUUAAGGCAAAAACAAAAAAAAGUGUUGACUUUCCCAUUUUACCCCUCAAAAGUAAAAGAUUACUCCGUUAAUGAGUUUGGG